CUAUCUCUCUUUUUUCCCGGAAAAUUUUAGCGCUUUCCCGGAAAAUCUUCGUUUUCCUGGCGGCUUUUUGAGAAACCAAGUGGGCGUCGGGAAAUGGUCGAAGAGUCGCAGAAAUGGGUGCUGAUGGUGACGGCGCAGACGCCCACCAACAUCGCCGUGAUCAAGUACUGGGGGAAGAGGGACGAGACGCUCAUAUUGCCGGUCAAUGACAGCAUCAGCGUGACGCUUGAUCCGGAGCACCUCUGCACCACCACUACUGUCUCCGUCAGUCCUGCCUUUGACCAGGAUCGGAUGUGGCUCAAUGGAAAGGAGAUUUCUCUUUCUGGAGGCAGAUUCCAGAGCUGUUUAAGGGAAAUUCGUAGUCGAGCUACUGAUGUUCAUGAUAAGGAAAAGGGAAUCAAGAUUACUAAGAAGGAUUGGGAGAAAUUGAAUGUACAUAUUGCUUCAUACAACAAUUUUCCUACUGCUGCUGGAUUGGCUUCCUCGGCAGCUGGUUUUGCUUGUCUUGUUUUUGCCCUCGCAAAGUUAAUGAAUGCGAAUGAAGAUCACAGCCAGCUUUCUGCUAUUGCAAGGCGAGGUUCGGGCAGUGCUUGUCGCAGUUUGUAUGGGGGAUUUGUCAAGUGGAUCAUGGGAAAAGAUGAGAAGGGAACCGACAGUCUUGCAGUUCAACUUGCGGACGAGAAGCACUGGGAUGAGCUUGUCAUUGUUAUUGCUGUGGUAUGUAAUAUAUCUUCUAUACAUUCUGUCAAAUGAUUUUAUUGGCA